GUGGAAUUUUAAACUGGAGGAGAGAAAAAGUAGAAGCGGCAAUAAGGGGUUCGAAUCUCAAACACAUUCUCUUGGAUUCCUCCACUCGUGUAGUCUGAAGAGAGAGAGAGAGAGAGCUUCUUCUUCGGCGGCCAUGGGGAAAAAUUGAAGCUUGAAAUCAACUGCUGCUGCUUAGUGGUUUUGGGCUCAGAAGAAAGCAAAAACGUUGUAUAGCAAAACGGAGAUGCAGUUGAGAUCCAGAGAUGGAAAAGGAGGAGGAGGCUAAUCUUCCACGGGAUAAACCUCCGAAGAGUCUAGCUCGACCCAUCUUAAACCACGAAACCUCUUCUUCUUCCUCCUCUCCUGAGCUAAUACGCCAUCUCCAAGCCGCUUUCAAGCGCCACCGUCCCCUCAAUAAGAUGCAGACAACCACUAUAGGUCCUCGACGAAGUGUUGCUGCCCAACGACAACCUUCUAGGAGCUCUACAGCUGAUGGGCAGAGACCUCAGGAUGUUGUUUCCCUCAGUCAGAGUCUCGCUGCCAAUACAUUAUUGACACAUGAUUCAAGAAACUUACCCUCUUCUUCUUCUGCUGCUGCUGGAGAAUCCACCGAGAAUGCGUCUAUCACAACAUGUUCAGUUUCAGGAACUGUUGAUAAUAUGCUUGGUGGGAGUUUCAACCAACAAGAUAGGCAGAUGGAUUUGCCGAAGCCCUUAAAAGGCAACCUGGAUAUAGGAUCUAGGAAUGAAAGUGUCAGCACAAAGGUCCAGUCUCUUGUUAGCAGCAGCACCCUCACAUCUAAUGAUAUGGAAUGGGAUGCAACAAAUCAGGCUGCAGCAUCAAAACAUCAGAAUCUCCAAUCUGUUGAUUCUGAGAUCAGUUUGAAAUCUGAAUACAAGGUUUCAUCUUCCUUGGCAAAGCUUGGAGAAUUUCGCAACUUCUUGAAUCAACCUGCAUCUCAGUGUUCUGUCAUGGGGUCAUCAUGUGCCACUACCACGUCCAUUCAUUCCUCUUCAGCUCCUAUGCUAAAUGCCACAACCCAAGUCUCUCGUUACCCUAGUGCUGUUCCAAUUCCAAGUCAAGGGAACUUGGCUCCUUCUCGUCCUUCUUUCAAGGACAGCGACAUUCUGCAUGCCAGUAAAGAUGUCCCUUUACCUGAGAUGCCAUCCUCGGCUACUGAUCAAGAAGUAAGAGUCAAAGAGACAAACAUGUCUAAGCAACAACAGUGCACUACAGUAGUUGAACCUCCAACUUUAAGUCGUGGGAGUGAUGCUACUGCUCGUGUACCCGAUGACAUGCUCACCAGUGUUAGCUCACAGCCGCAAAAAGCAGAUAAGCUAGAAAAGGUUGCAAGUAGCAAAGGGACAUCAGCGCCUCGUAAACGAAACUAUGAUCCAGACUUGUUCUUUAAAGUCAAUGGCAAACUCUAUCAGAGGCUUGGCAAGAUAGGGAGUGGAGGAAGCAGUGAGGUCCACAAGGUUAUUUCAUCAGACUGUACCAUAUAUGCUCUCAAGAAAAUCAAGCUCAAGGGUCGUGACUACGCUACAGCAUAUGGGUUUUGCCAAGAAAUUGGAUAUUUAAAGAAGCUGAAAGGGAAAACCAACAUCAUUCAGCUUAUAGACUACGAGGUUACAGAUAAGGCUUUACUCCAGGAGGUAUUGAAUGGCACGAUGAGUAACAAAGAUGCAAGAGUUAAGGAUGAUGGGUUUAUAUAUAUGGUACUAGAGUACGGAGAAAUCGAUCUAGCUCACAUGCUGUCUCAAAAAUGGAAGGAAAUCGAAGGAUCAGACCGGACUAUUGAUGAAAACUGGCUUCGGUUCUACUGGCAGCAAAUACUUCAAGCUGUGAACACCAUACACGAGGAACGCAUUGUCCACUCUGAUUUGAAACCGGCAAACUUCCUUCUUGUCAGAGGCUUCUUGAAGCUUAUCGACUUUGGUAUCGCUAAGGCCAUUAACAGCGACACUACAAACAUCCAACGAGAUUCACAGGUGGGGACAUUGAGUUACAUGUCACCAGAAGCGUUCAUGUGCAACGAGAGCGAUGAGAAUGGGAACACAAUAAAAUGUGGAAGGCCAUCAGAUAUAUGGUCGCUUGGUUGCAUACUAUACCAAAUGGUAUACGGAAGAACGCCUUUUGCAGAUUACAAGACCUUCUGGGCAAAGUUCAAAGUCAUAACCGAUCCAAACCAUGAGAUUACUUACAAUCAGCUCUCGAACCCUUGGCUUGUUGACCUAAUGAAGAAAUGUCUAGCUUGGGACCGUAACCAAAGAUGGAGAAUCCCUGAGCUUCUCCAACAUCCUUUCCUUGCCCCUCCUAUCCCACCUGAGCCUCGAGUCGGAAGCAGCAGCAUUCAACUGCUUAGUCACAUAGCUGAAUGUUUUGGUAGUGAUGUCAGGGUUUCGGAACUUUGUGCUCAGCUCAAGGAUCGGCUACGAGUUCUUGGUGGAGAAUAGAAGUGAGCAGUAGUUUUUAAUCACGGUUUUUAUUGGAUCAUGUAAAUUGUUAUGUUACCUUGAUAGCUUUAGAGAGAAGACUUUCUAUUUGUUAUUGGUGUCCCUGCUUGAUUUCUUGUAAUGGAAUGUAUCAUUUUGGUUGCUUCUCUUUUUCUUGUUUCAGCAGAUGUAACCUUUUGAGUUCUCUCUUUAGCAAACAGGUCAAUCCAUUACCAUA